AUGUGUACUUAUCUUAUUGAAAGAUUGAAAGAAGGACUGAAGACGCUAGGGGUCCUGAAUGCUCUAGAGGUGCACUCUUCAUCUAUGGAGGAACUGUUUUGUGGUGGAGCACCCCCCUUGUUGGCUGCCUCCUUGCUUGACCUCUUCACAAUUGAGUAUUCUCAAAGAGGAAGCAGUAGGAGGGCUCUGGAGGAGGUCACAAUUGGCUACUGGCGGGACUGGAUAAUUCAAGUUGAAGAUGGAGAUGCAGCAGUGGAGCUAGAAGGUGGAGAAAAAAUUGAAAUCACCCUAGAAGAUGUGCUUGUGUUUGCUUCUGGGGCAUCUGCCAUACCUCCAUUUGGAUUUGUAGAGAAUCCUACCAUUACAUUCCUUCACGAGGACCUGAAUGGCAACCGGCGGAUGUUCCCAGAAGCAAACACUUGUGCUAUUACCCUGAAGUUGCCCAUUGGGCAUGAGUAUGAAGACUUUUGUCAUUUUAUGACGUCUGGAAUAAUACAGUCUCCUGUGUUUGGGGUAGCCUAAAAAACCCACUCUGGCAUGGCUGAUCGUUCCCCAGCUGGCCCGAUGUUGCUGUUGUUUUUAUUAUUAUUUUUUUCUCUCCAUUGUUUAUACUUCUUUAUAUUGUGUAUUGUUUGCUUAUGCUAAAAUUGUG